AUGGACCAAUCAAAUGCAAGAGCAACGGUUUCACAUGCCAACGGGUCACUCGAAAAGCAAGACGAAAACUUCGAGCUACUUCGCAACAGCGACAAACUUUCAGCCAAUCAGAGCGCAGCUGAGGAGCGGCGCUUGUUGAGAGGAGGAAGAAAGUGCAAUUCCCUCGAUAGGGCCGCAGCGGCGUGUGCGAAGCAGCACGGAGUUUGGUGCCGGGUGAAGGCCUUCUCCCUGACGAGGUCCUCUGGGCGGGGCAGAGAGACGGAGUUAGAGGACCAGAAUGGCGAGGACAUAGUAGAAAAUUCAAGAUUAUCAAGACUACAACGAUUUCGGAAGGGGAAUAAGGAACGAGAUGUGAAAGAAAUGCUCUUCAUGAAAGCUGAGGAGGAGUUUAGGAAAGAAACCUCUGAGUUGGAGAAUCAAAUCGAUCUUCUGAACGUGAUCAAUCAGCAACUAACGGAAUAUGCGAGAAAACAAGAAACAAAUGCUGAAGAUCUCCAAAGAAAACUACACAUUGCCGAGAGAAGUCUGAUUUCCAGCCAACGAGAGUCCGCCAAAUUGAAGGGAAUCUUGGAAUUAGCAAAACUCCAAGGAAACGCCCAGCAACAGGUGCUUGAUGUAAAACAAGAUGACGUCAUUAAACUGGCCGUCAAACAAGCCGAGCUCUACGACCAGAUCCGAAAGUUGAAACUGACAAUCGAAACAUUAAGAAACAAGCUUGAAAAAUAUGAAGCUGAACGAGGCGGUAGAGACCAUCAUCCCGGGGACGAAGGCGCAGAGCAUCCCUCAAACAUGCCUCUACCGACAUCAGCAUCCCGAACAACCAAUCGAAGACAGAAUCAAGCCGACGUUCGCCGGUCGGUGGAUAGAAGUGAUGGAAACAGUGAGAGAGGGCCAGAAGAUGUAUUGGACCAUCAAGAUAUCACCAUCAGAGAAUCAAUGGAAGAAAACAGACUAAUCCCCCGGAGGACUUACAAAUUGCUGCUCGCCAGGAGGACCAUCGCCCGAGCUAAUUUUCGAAUCAAAUACCAUCGUGCGAUUAAUAACUCACUCAAAGUGAGAGUAAAACAGAAGGACAAUAGAAUUCGAGAUCUCCUUGUCGAUAAGGACCGCAUCCUUAAAGUUCUGGAACGAGUGAGGCAGCUGGCCCAGGCCAAGAUGGAAGUCAUCUACAAGAACCUCCUGUCCCUCCCUGAUGACAUAGCCACGAUGACAUCACCUUUGAAUGCUAGAGAGACGGUGAGGGCUUACCUGAAAGAGGUGGAUAGCUCGGCAUCGUCGGAGGAAGCCGAGAGGAUUAUUCUAAGGUUGAAGGAGUUUGGCCGGUUCCUUGGCAGCGACGAGUCCUUCGAUGAAUUUAUUAAGAACCGGGGGAAGCAGCUUGUUGAGGUACCUAUACCGACCAAAGAGAUUGCAAAACAAAGUUCCGAGGAGCAGUUGCAACAACCUGACAACGUCACACGUCGUCGAACACCGAGGCGACAGAAAAUGAACAAGGCCUGUCUGGAUGCUAGACGUCGAGCAACAGGUGCGAGGAAGACGAGCUACAGGAAGGAUCAAUUCCAGGUGAAAGAUUGUAGGAACCUGGGAAGAGGCGGGAAGCACUGCAGAUCUUGUUGCCAUGAUGCCAAGAUGCAGACGAUGACCUCUCUAGCUCUGCAAGCAGUGGCUGGUUGGGACGAGGGCAUGCCAUCUGCUUCAGCAACGAAUGAUGGUUCAAAAGAAAUCCCGGUGUCGGGAUUCAACCAAGGAAGAGUGAUAGAGAUGGUUGAUGGUUCCUGUCAAGUUCUACCGGAAGAUAUCGACACCAAAUCCGAAAUAGAUGACGUCAUUGGUGCCCAUGUAUCAAACCAGCAUCCCGAUCUUUCAUCGGGACAAAAUAGACAGGACGAACUCCUCGAGGAAACAUUCCAAGGAGAAGGGAACACUCAAUCUGGACAGAGUGCGACUGUUGAAAAAAAUGCCUCUGGAGUGUCUGCAUCUGUUGUCAGUCUAGACGAAGAAUUGUGCUCCGAAGAUAAUCUUGAAAAGCAAAAGGAACUAAUGAAAAGGGUAUCCGAUCUACUGGUAGACAAAUGGUGCUUGGAAGGCCAAGUUAAGGCCCUAGAAGACAACGAGCGGGACCUGACUGAAGCCAAGAGCGAGAUGUCCAUACAGCUGAAUGCUGCCCAUCGUCAGCUAGCUAGAUCCUGCAGUGAUACAGGGCGCCCUCACCCCAGUCACAACGUUUUGGCUCUACAAGACAGGCUAGGCUGGAUGCAGAAGCGACUGAAGGAGAUGGAGGAUGACAGAGAUAAUGAUGGGAAAGCGAAAUCUUUAUUAAAGUCUGAGCUCGAAGACAGUAAGAAGAAGGUAGCUGACCUAGAGGCGGUGAAGAAGAGAUUGGAAGGCGAGGUUGAAGGAUGGAUGGAGACUGUGAUGGAGGUGAGAAAAGGCCGAAUCAAUCUACUCAACCAUAUGGAUAACAUCGCACACAAGGUCGGGAGGCUAAACACAAGCGAACAAUUUUUCAAAUGCAAUGAAGGAGAUCCCGCCAGAAAAUCAAUGGAUGAUGAGGGUAAUCAUCGCCAUGUGGGAGUAACGUGUGGGUGUUCGAGCCACGAUGUGAUGAGGGUGAAGGAACUCGAGGCUGACAUCGAGACUCUAGCAGAACAACGGAAACUACAGGACGCCCAGAUUGAACAACUCUCUGAGCUGCUUCAAAGAUCAAACGACGAAAAGCACGAAUUGAUGAACCAUCUCACAGAAGUACAACAAGAAAAGCGAAAUCUCCAAUCCGAUUUUGAUUCCAUUCUUGCUUGCGAAUAA